GAAGACGAAGGCCACCGAAGGGCGGCUCACCGGUCGCGAACCACCCUCCUCGCACGAGUCGAAGCGGCGUCGCAGCCUGCCUGGCGGAGCCAUGGCCGACCGCUUCUUCCCCAACGACUUCCCCGACUUCGUCGCCGAGGCCGAGGCCCCCGGAGGCGACGGCGACAGGCGGCCCGCGGGGGUCCGGGGCCUGCUCUCGCUCCCGUACGCCAGGCUCUCCGAUCGCUUCCUCCGCGCCGCGCGCCGUCUCAAGGACAAGGUGGUGGAGGAGACGUGGGUGAAGGCGGGGCGGCAGGUGACGGACUACACGCUCUACACGGGCGCGCUCGGGACGGCGCUGCUGCUGUUCAAGUCCUUCCGGGUCACCGGCGACCGCGGGGACCUCGCCCUCGCCGCCGACAUCGUCCACGCCUGCGACGACGCGUCGCGGGGCCUACCGUUCUUGACAUUCAUAUGUGGGAGGGCCGGUGUCUGCGCUCUUGGAGCGGUGAUUGCCAAGCAUUGCGACGAUCAGCUGAGGGUCACCCAGUAUCUGAGCUCCUUUGAUGAGAUAACAAUCACUGAGAAAGUACCAAAUGAGUUGCUGUAUGGAAGGGCGGGGUAUCUAUGGGCUUGCUUGUUCUUGAAUAAGCAUCUCAGCGAGAAGACGAUCCCACUUGAACACAUCAAUUCUGUGGCAAAGGACAUCAUUAGGGAGGGAAGAAAGCUCUCAAGCAAGGGGAGUAGCCCGCUGAUGUACGAAUGGCAUGGGAAGAAGUACUGGGGUGCUGCCCAUGGUCUUGCUGGAAUCAUGCACGUGCUCAUGCACACUGAACUGAAACUGGAUGAGCAGGAUGAUGUGAAGAACACCCUGCGGUACAUGAUCAAGAACCGGUUUCCUAGUGGCAACUAUCCCUCAAGUGAAGGCAAUGAAUCUGAUCGGUUGGUGCACUGGUGUCACGGUGCCCCUGGUGUUGCUCUUACACUGGCUAAAGCAUAUGAGGUAUUCCAUGAUGAUCAUUUCAAGCAAUCAGCUGCAGGGGCUGCAGAGGUUGUCUGGAACCGAGGACUUCUGAAGAGAGUUGGAAUAUGUCACGGUGUAAGCGGGAAUGCCUACACAUUCCUCUCACUGUACAGGCUAACUGGCAAUGUUGAGUAUCUCUAUCGGGCGAAGGCUUUUGCAUGCUUUCUUCUCGAGAAAGCUGAUGAGUUCAUUGCUGAGGGGGCCAUGCAUGGGGGUGAUCGCCCGUUUUCACUGUUUGAAGGGAAGGCUGGGAUGGCAUACCUCCUCUUGGACAUGGUUGAUCCAUCUGAAUCAAGGUUUCCGGCCUAUGAACUUUGAUAGAUCGCAUCUGCCUGUGAGUCGGUCUGAAGAACUUAUCUUGUGUUUUCUUGUUUACUCUGUAAUGUGUACCUUCGACCUCGGUGCAUUUCCUGUGUGUGUGUGUGUGUGUGUGUAAAUUUCAGUGUUCCUGAUGUUGCAAACUUGACCUUUUGUAAGUAUAUGUGUGAAGGUUUUCGGCAAUGAGGAUCAUCAAAUCAUGUUUAUGCUGGA